AUGCAUGUAGAUAGCAGCAACGACAACAGUAACGACAAUAACGAUACCAACAAACAACAGCAACAGAAAGUAAGCUCAGAAACCAAAAAAAAAAAAAUGUUAUUCAGCAACACCUUAUUAAUCGCAGCAGCUAGUGCAUUAUUAGCUGAAGCUUCUCCAUUGGAAAAGAGAGACAGUUGUACCUUGAGUGGGAAGACAGCAGGAGGUGGAUUGUCCAACUGUGCCACGGUCACUGUCAACAACGUUGAAGUCCCAGCUGGUAAGACCUUGGACUUGACAGGCUUGCAAGACGGUGCGACAGUUAAUUUCGUCGGGCAGGUUACCUUUGAUUACGAUGAAUGGGUGGGUCCAUUGGUCUCCAUCUCCGGUAAGAACAUCAAGGUGGUGGGUAAGUCUGGCCACUUGUUAGAUGGUGAUGGUGCACGUUGGUGGGACGGGAAGGGUGACAGUGGUAAAAAGGUGAAGCCUAAGUUCAUGAGCUUGAAAUUGACUGGCAACUCAGAUGUCGGUGGGUUGCAAAUCAAGAAUACCCCAAUUCAAGCUAUCUCAGUGAACUCUUGUAGUGACACUGUGAUUCACGAUGUCACCAUUGACAACAGUGAUGGUGACAAGGACAGCUUGGGUCACAACACUGAUGGUUUCGAUGUUGGUAACGUUAACAACGUCACCAUUGAAAACUGUCAUGUCUACAACCAAGACGACUGUAUCGCCGUCAACUCCGGUACCGGUGUCUACUUCAAGAACAACUACUGUUCUGGUGGUCAUGGUGCUUCCAUUGGUUCAGUCGGUCUUCGCUCAAACAAUGUGGUUGACACCGUUUACUUCGAGAACAACCAAAUUGUCAACUCUGACAACGGUUUGAGAAUUAAGACCAUUCAAAAGGCCACUGGUUCCGUUAACAACGUGCACUUCUUGUCCAACACUAUCUCCGGCAUCAGAAAGUUCGGUAUUGUUGUUGAAACUGAUUACAGCAGUGGAUCCACCACCGGUACCCCAGGUAGCAAGGUCCCAAUCACCAACUUCGAAGUCGAUGGUUUGACUGGUUCAGUUGACUCUUCCGCUUACAGAGUCAAGAUCUUGGUUGCUGGUGCUUCUAAGUGGACUUGGAAGGAUGUUGAUAUCACUGGUGGUUCUUCUUUCGGUUCAUGUACUGGUAUUCCAUCUGGUAGCGGAGCUUCCUGUUAA